AUGGCUUCUCGUCCAGUCACAGUGACUAGCGCUCCAACUACAGCACCGUCGAUAGCAACCCGACAAACACUAUUCCGAACGGCAUUAUCUGUCGCCACGAUAGGCUCAAUACUUGUUAGUGUGAUUCUUUUUCUACAUGCGGGAUUAGCGCUCGGUCGUCUUCGAUACUUCAUCGAUAUCGGUCAUCAUCCGCUUCAUAUAACAUCGGCGUUUUUACUUGCCGUUGGCUUUCUUUCCAUCUUAGCAUUUAUUUUAUUGAAUGUUGGAUCAAUCAAUACGAAUCGAACUUUCGUACUCGCCGCAGCUGGUCUGUUAAUCUUUAGUUCGUUGACUUUAAUCGUAUUAAGUAUUUGGUCAUUUGUAACAAUUUUAAGUGGACAAUUGCCCAAAUCGAUUAAUAGUACAUUAGUAAAAGAACUAGAUCAAACUCAAUAUAAUAUUGUGGCUGGUAAUCAUAUUAUUGUGGAUAAUACACUUAAGAUGGCACGAUUGGAAAAACAACAUCAAUGUUGUGGACUAAGUGAUUCGAUCGAAGAUUAUCGUAGUCGACAUCCUUCAUUUUACGCAUCACAAUCUUCUUCGUCUUCAUCUUCGGGUGGAUCGAACACAAAGGGCAAAAUAACAAAUCCGCAAAAAUCUCCGACGAAUGCAGGAGGCUAUCCUCUCUUACCAAUAAGUUGUUGCAAUGAAAAAUACCGUUCAAGUCAAAACAAUCUCUGCUCUGAUGUCUACGGAAAUACAACGAACCCAAUGGCUCGUUAUAAUUUAGACGGUUGUUUCAGCGUGAUUGUAAAGGAGAAGUUUCAACGUAUUCAACAACAAGGCUUCGUCACUAUUGUCGCAGCGACCUUAGGUGUUAUUAGUAGCAUUGCAUUAGCGACUGUUAUUAGACUUUUCGGUGAAGGCUUUCGAGUUGUACCAUUACGUACAACAACAAUAACAACAACAACAACUUAG